UAUUUGAUUGCAUUUGACAAUUGACAUUGUUUUCAUAAAUCUGCGAAAUAACCUCAGCCACUCAUUAAUAUAAUUUACCAGCUUAAACUUUAAUCAAACAAGCAAAAUGCCCAAGGUUCAGCCUCGUGAUGUGUCACCAUUUUUGCGUGUAUUCAGGGACUAUCUCUUCGGGAGGAAUAUGAGGAAUGCCUUGAGGUGGCCAACGUUCAUAGCGCCCAGGACUCAGCCGCCACCAGAGAUUCCCGACGGACCCACCCACAAACAUGCUCAUAACUACUACCACACAAGGGAUGCUCGCAGGGAAGUGAAACCUCCUCUAGUAAUUUCUACAAAGGUGCUCACUGAUGGAACUGAAAAGGGGGAAGCUAAAACACCUGUAAAUGUGAGACCUACGCCGGGUCAAAUCUUCCACUGGGACAAGCAUUACAACUAAAUUAUGAUUGUGUUAAUUGUGCUGAUAGAUCAAAUUGUAAAUUUUAUUUAAAUAAAUAGGUUCUGCAGAU